AUGUACGACACCAGCAGAGUAUCUUGGGAAGUUAAACUCGAGGUCACGACCAAGAACAUUCCACGGCUGAUGCGAGAGGGCUUUCGUUGGACGCCGGCCAACAUCGGUCCAGAAAAGGGCCAUCUACGGCCCUUUGACAGCGUGCACGACACGAAAGACAAAGGCUGGGAGCAUAACCGGCGCUACUUCCUAGUAGACCAAGCUGAGGCCCCUCAAUGUACCGCAUGGAUGAUCGUCUAUGCGAGAGACAUCCAGGUUCUGGCGCAAUUUAGAGUACAAGAUCUGUCUCCUGAUCAAGUCUCCAGCGCCGUGGCAAGGAACGAACGCAAGGAACUCAUCUAUAUGUACUCUCAUUGGGAUUCGGGGGCGAACUUCAACGCCACCUACAACGACACACUGGAAGGCUGGUGGCCGUGGCCAAAGAGAGCACCGGAGGCCGCGAUAGAGUCAAAACGCGGGAUCAUAUCACAAGUCGGGAUGGAGAUUUAG